AACUUUCAGUGUGAGGACCUCGCGUUCGGCGAUCUGCGCGGGCUCGAUAUGUGGAAGGCGAACUUUGAGGGCGUGGAGAUGACUUGCGCUGCAUUCGACGACGCGCGCCUUCUCGAAACGACUUUCAAGGACGCCGUGGCGGCGAGGGCGAGCUUCGUGCGCGCGAAGCUAGACCGGAGCGAUUUUGACCAGACCGUGCUGCCGCACGCGAACUUCUCGGGGGCGACUCUGCGCGAGGCGAAGCUCGAGCAAGCCAACUUGCGGCACGCCACUUUCGACGGGGCAGACCUCUCGCGGACCAGCUUCGUCGAGAGCGACCUCAGCCACGCGACUUUCUUCGGAGCGGUC